UUCACCUCCUACCAAUCCAUAAGAAAUCUAUAUAAGUGCGGCCGUCUCCCGACAUCUGGAUAACUUUCUUCUCCCCAGGCAACUCACAGUCUCUCUCAACCCGACAACCCACUUCUCAAAGCCUUCACACUCUUUGCCAACGAGAAACCAACCAUCCCUUCCUCCCACCCUCACACUUACACCCUUUCACCAUGAGACUCAACGAGGUUUUCCUGGCUCUCACGCCAGUUGUUCUCGCAAACCCCGUGAUCCGCGCCGAGGAAGCCCAGGAUGUCCACAUCACCCUGGAGCUCAGCAAGGUCGCCUCCCCCGCCCAAGCCGCCAUCACCGUCUGGAACAACGAGCAGACCGAGGUCCUCGCCAAGUCCUGCUCGGACUCCCUCGCCACCGGUCCCUUCGCCGACCACCCCAUCGUCUUCAACAUCAACAGCGAGAACGGUGCCGGCAGCCUUACUAUCGGCAGCGCCUCCUUCCAGAUCGGCGGCGGCGACAGCACCCUCACCUGCGGCCGCGUCGCCAGCGAGACCGAACUGGUGAUUAACUGCAUCGUCCCCGUCCCCGGCAGCCUCCAGCUGCGGUCCCUCGAGAAGCGCAGCCUCGCGGAAUGCUUCCCCGACGGGCCCCUCGAGGUCUCCCAGAGCAUGGACAUCUUCGAGGGCAAGGUCGAGGCGGCGGAGGGUGCUAUCGAGUUCGACUUCCCCGAGCUGAACCAGACCCAAAUCGACGAGAUCGUUCGCCGGGAGGACCUGAACAGCAAGUUCAACAAGCGCCAGACGGCUGGCUGCGAUAAUUGGGUCUCGGACACCCGCCGCGUCGGCAACGGAAACCCUCACCAGAACCCGUGGCACAUCCAGCUCAGCGAGCCUAUGAAGUGCCCUGGCCAUACCGGCUGCUCCACCUACCACACCACUACUAGGUCGUACUCCGUUGGCUGGCAGGCUAACGCGGCCGUGACCUGGAUUAAUGGCGGCUUUUCCGUCGUCCAGACCACUGAAACUGGUAACAGCUACGUCUGCAACGGUGAACCAAACGACUUCCUGGCCGUGUGGAAGAACCAGGGCACGACUGCCUACACCGUGCAGCCCGGCAUUCGGCACGUCUGCACUAAUACCUGGCACGAGUCGGGUAGCCGUACUAUUAUCUGGUCCCCUAACGCGAACAACCGUCGUGGUUACUACUACUGCGUCUACGGCGAGCGCUAUGUCCGCGCCAUUGGCGACCGCUGGCUCGACACUGCUGCCAAUACCCCCGGCGGUCCUUAG